CACUACUUUCUGUCUUCAAUGAAAUGAAGUCAUCUCUUUUCGCAGCUGGAAGAAAAUUAAUUGAAAACGUAUUGGAAAGAAUCCCCUUGGCUUCUUUGAUUUUACGGUUUUCAUAUUUGCUAUUUUCAGACAUACAUUCAUACACUGAAGUGUAACUUUAGCCAGGAAAGAAGAAACAAAAAAAAAAGAAUGCCAAACAAUAAAAACAAGUUGCUUUUACAAACAAUCUGCCUGUGUAUUUCGCGUAUACAGACAACAAACCAAACUUUAACGGAAGCGUAUCCGGAAAAAGCAAGACGACUAUUCGUCUCUCCCAGCUCACUCUGGCAAAUAGAGCGCAAGCGGUUAAACUAUUCGCUAUUGUUGUUGUUGUGCAUGGUGAGCUCGCCGCGACCAUGAUGAGGGCUUAGCUAAAGUUUUCAACUGAUCUCGACAUCAGUGUCAGAGUGAAUGUGCGCGGAGCAUUGUUUGUUACUCAGGAAGACGGAAAACGCAUCAACAACAGCCGCAUUCGCAGCAGCAGCAGCAACAGCACAUCAUCACGAAUAGUGAAGUGUUAGUUAGUUAGUUUACGGGAAGAAUAUGCAACAACAUCAUCAUGCAACAGCAACAGGAAGCAAAUACAUCCACUUUACCCCUCAUACCAACACUGCAAAGCUGCCCAUCGAAGUGGUGAAGAAAUUAAUUGCAUCCGUCUCGCAAAGACCAAAUCUCUGGAUACGCACAAAUAAUGGCCAGAAGAGAUCCGAUAUCAAUUUGCUAUGGCAACAAGUUAGCUCAGAAGUUCAUCUUCCAGCCGACAUAUGCCGUAUUAAAUGGGGACAUCUGCGGGAUAACUUUCGCAAGGUUUUCAUACGCAACACCUUGUCGUCGGAACCCCCAACCACAUGGCGUUUUUAUAAUGACAUGCGAUUCAUGGAACCAGCAGUGGCCGAAAAUGUCAUGCGACACCAUCGCUUGCGAGAACAAUCAUUUUACUGGCAAGAACUGCACAAUGCCGGACAGCGUCAGGGGCAUCGGCCAACCACCAACACCACUAAUGGUCCGGCUGAAACACAAUACGAUAAUACGCUACAAAAUCAAUUUAAUUUUUCCGAGUUUGCUGCCAUAUUUCAAGGCAAUACUGCAACAGCAAAUAAACGUAUAAAACUUGAGGUGUCGGAAUCUUCGGAAACAUCAAUGGCUGGCUCCAUGUCCUAUCACAAAGACGAUAAGACUGAAUUUUAUGGACAACGUAUGGCUUCAAACGGUGUGCCCGCCAAUGAGGAAGAUGACGAUGGUGGCGGUGGUGGUUGCGGCGACGAAGACGACGACGAUGAUGAUGAUGAUGACGAUCAGUUUGAUGAAGAUGCCGUUUCGACAGAUGAAAAUCUCCAAUGUCCCGAUAAUCCCGAUAAUAGCAAGGAGAUGAAUAACCAAUCGGACAAACUAGACUAUGUCAACGAUGAAAAGCCGAUGAAAAAAAUUACCAUUGCCAAUUUUAAAAUGCAUCAAGAAAUGGCCACAAAUACAGAGCCUGGGUUCGAUUCUCUCGAAGAAGAUUCGGAUCGUAUGUUUUUGUUAAGUUUGCUGCCGUACCUAAGAAAGGUGAAUGAACAAAGAAAACUACAGGUUAGACAACAGCUGCAGGAUGUCUUUAUUAAGGAAUUCGGCUAAGAUAAUCCGAAAUCGAAGUAUUUGUAAAGAAAAAUGGUAUUUGUUUAAUUAUUGUAGGCAUAUCGAAAAGUAUUAUUUUGAGAUGAAAAAAC